UUGCAAGUCUCUGGUUGGAGUCUUGCUGUUAGCUUCAGCAGGGAGGCAAAUGGCAUGUUCAAGUCAGGGUUGAGACGUGUCCUACAUUGCCCGCCCGCGGUGCGCCGUUUUGAACGGACGGCCCCUUAUCAGCACACGGAUGCUGGUUCCCUUGGUACUGUGUGCAACUCUCAUGAUAGGAAGUGGUGAAAUUCAAGGUGAUGAAUGGAUUGACCCCACAGAUAUGCUCAAUUAUGAUGCAGCAUCAGGAACAAUGAGACGACCUGCCAAGGUAAAUUAUGAUGACUCUGAGAAUAGGGAGGAACCAGAUGCCGUUGUGAACUUGCCAAGCACUGCAGCAGUAUCAGAGUGCCAUAGGAAAUUAGAAUCCUUAAUUCAGAAGAUUGAAGAGUAUGAGAAGAAAGAGAAGACCAAGUUAAGUGAAAGCCGUAGCAUUCAUGUUUUUAGGAGAUACUUGAAUAAGAUUUUAAUUGAAGCUGGAAGACUUGGCCUUCCUGAUGAAAACAUUGGUGAUGUGCAUUAUGAUGCUGAGAUCAUCCUUACAAGUCAGGCUCUUUUGGAGAUCAACAGAUUUCUCAAUGCGGAGGACUGGAAAUCAGGCGCUUUGGAUGAUGCAGUUAAUAAUAUUCUGAUUAAUUUUAAACAUCAUGAUUAUGAAGUUUGGAAAUGGAGGUUUGAGGACACUUUUGGAAUUGAUCCAUAUAAUUUGCUUAUGAUACUCUUGUGUUUGUUAUGCAUUACAGUAACUGUAGCUACUGAGCUAUGGACACACAUUGGUUGGUAUACUCAGGUAAAACGCAUUUUAUUCAUCAGUUUUCUCAUCAGUUGUGGAUGGAACUGGAUCUACUUAUAUAAGAUAGCCUUUGCACAGCAUCAAGCUGAAGUGGCCAGAAUGGGAAAUCAUGACACAGUAUGUGAUAAGAAGAUAGACUGGAGCGAGAGUCUUUUUGAAUGGUUGAGAAGUUCAUGGACAUUCCAGGAUGAUCCUUGUCAGAAGUACUAUGAAACGAUACUAGUAAAUCCCAUUUGGCUAGUCCCCCCAACAAAGGUAUUGGCUGUUACAUUUACCAAUUUUGUAACAGAACCAUUGAAACAUAUAGGGAAAGGAAUUGGUGAAUUUAUUAAAGCCCUUAUGAAGGAGAUACCAAUGAUGCUACAGAUUCCAGUGUUAAUCAUCCUAGCUGUGGCUGUUCUGGGUUUCUGCUAUGGUGCAGGAAGAUCAGUUGCUACACUAAAACAUUUAACAGGUCCUGAGCGGAAACCAUCUCCUUCACUUCCUUCAAGUGACAGACAGCACUGGGAACAAAUACAUUAUAAUGCAGGUGAUUCAGAUGCCAAUUACAGAAGGAAUGUUGGUGCCCUCAGUGGAGGACCUCAUGACAGAGGAGAUGAUCACAUGAGACUUCAAAAUGGCAACAGAAGCUCUGAAGUUCUGCUGCCAGGUGGUACACCAAAUGCACGAAGAGAAGAGCAUCACAAGUGUGGAUUGCACCCUGUGUCUCAAGAUCAAACAAUUUUUAGAGUGAAAACCAAUGUAGAUCAAAACUGUGAUAAAGAGAUUGCACCUGAAGAGCAGAAACUGUGCACGCUUGGAGUUGAACAAGAGUCUGAAAAGAAUUGUGAACCUCAAGCAAGUUGUAGCUUAAAAAAGGAGAAAACAAAUAAGCAAAACUCAGUUGAUAAAACAGGAGAUCUUGAAAAGACGGAAAAGGGCAGUCUACCUCGAUUAAUGGAAGGCACAGAGGAAACUAAAGCAUCUUUGAACUCUACUGAUUUGUGCUAUGGUGCAGGAAAAUCGGUUGCUACAUUAAGAGACUUUAAAAGUCCUGAGCAGGAACCAUCUCCUUCACUUCCUCCAAGUGACAGACAGCACUGGGAACAAAUAAAUUAUAGUGCAGGUGAUUCAGAUGCCAAUUACAGAGGGAAUGUUGGUCCCCUCAGUAGAGCACCUUAUGACAGAGGAGAUGCUCUCAGAGAGAGAGAGGCUCACAUGAGACUUCAAAAUAGCUACAGAAGUCCUGAAGUUCUGCCGGCCGGUGAUAUACCAGAUGCACAAAGAGAAGAGCAUCACAAGGUAGCAUCCAGUGAACAAGGUCAACAGCCUACUGUUGAAGAUCUUCCAGGAACCCCUUAGUUCCCUGGCUUUAUUUUCCUGAUGCAAUGGAACCCCAGUGUAGGUGAAAGUGCAGCAAUUAAAGAAUCAGUAAUUUAUCA